GGCGUCUCUCCAGUGCCGCGUGUUUUUCAUAGUUUAACUCCGUUUGUGUCACCCCACUAAACCUGUGUGAGCACCGUGAUGGGCCUGACAGUUAAAGAAAAGGAGGAGGUGAUCCCCAACCUCAUAGACGCUCGGAUUAAAGCAACUAUUGAGGCUGCUCUGGUUACUGCUCUCAAACAGAGCGAUGUUCUUGCCACCAUUGUGCCGACCAUCGUCAGCGCAGUGAAGGAGUCUGUGCGCUCAUCCAUCCAGGAUGAGCUGAAGAAGUUGCAGGACCAGCUUGUGCAGCAGGAAAGGAAGUGUACCUCACUCCAAGAAGCCUACAACAACCUUGAAGCAAAAUACAACGACCUAGAGCAGUAUUCCAGGCGUAAUUGCAUCGUCAUCUCUGGAAUUCCAGAACCACCUGUGGAAGAGGGCACGGAUAAUGCCGUCAUGGAGCUCGUCAACAACAAGCUGAAAUGUGACCCGCCUAUCAACAACCAACACAUCGACAGGUCCCAUCGCCUUGGCAAGCCGCGCACCGACGGUAAACCACGUCCUGUCAUCGUAAAGUUUGUCUCCUACCGUCAGAAGUCCGCCGUUAUGCGCGCCAAGACCAAGGUCGACGCCAGAGAUGUUCUCAGGAAAGACAAAAUGUACAUCAACGACAACCUCACAAAGGGAAACAUGCAGCUUCUGAAAGAGGCUCGGUCACUAGUCAAGUCGAAUCAUCUAAACCAGUCAUGGUCAUAUGACGGAAAGAUUUUUGUGAAGACUUUGAACGGGGAGAGACAAAUGAUCUUCAAGCAAGCUGAUCUGGACAUCUUCCGUUCAGCGUAA